CCAUCUUAUCUGUAUUAAGUUUUGACCGCACACAAUUCAUUUAUGGUCGAUUUGCUCGCUGCAUCUCCAAUCCCCUUACUCUCACAACACUUUAGACAAUAUGUUAGCAUCUCUUUCACUAUCCCAAACAAUCUAUUCUAUUACCCCCAUUUAACAAUUAGUUAGUUCACUGUUUUUCCGGAUCCAGAGAAUGUAAGGUCAAUUUUCCUAGACCCUUUUUUGCCUUACCACCUCUUUACCAUUGCACAAAAAAGAAGGUUUCCCUUUGCCAACACAUUUGAGUUAGUCGCACGCAAUUAUGGAUGCAGAGAAAGUAAAACAAACUUCUGAUGAAACAAAAUCCAAUGAGAAUAAUCCCAAUGACAAACAGCCAGAAAUUCCAGACGCGUCGUUACCUUUGAAAGAUGAAGCUGAAAUUAAUCCUUCUCCUUCUGCCAAUGAAAAUGAAUCAGAGUCUGCAGAAAAAGAUAAUAUCCUUGAAAAACUCCUAGUAGAAGAUGGCGUCAUCAAGCGAAAAGAUGAUGCUGAUGCUGAUGAUGGUGCCAAGACGGACGACGUCAAAGAAGGUGACGAAGAGGCCGCCGUAGUUGAAGAUUCUUCUCCCUUGCCUCCUGACCUCGAUAAGGUUUCUGAAGAAAUCGAUCAAUUUAUCUCUGAUUUGACAAACUUAAAAGGGGAUGAUGAUGAAUCUAAGCCUCCCGAUGUUCCUGUGUGUGUGGAACAAUUUGCUGUUCUUGUUGAGGCCAAGAUUGAAGGAUACGACGGUGGCGAUGCAUCCAUCAAAUGGGGCCAGCUCCCUCAGGAGGAAGCCACCUCAUUUUUGGAUAUUGUAGAUCGAAUCUCCAAGCUAUUGACCUCUCUCUGUAAAUUUUCUUCAGAGUACAAAUAUGCUUAUUCAAUCAGCUGCGUUGAUGGUGUUCUUCAACGCGCCAUGUCCUACAUAGAGGAGGAAUACAAGUCGAUCCUCUACGAUUACAAGAUCAAUCCUGAUUCAGAUAUCAACAAUGCAGACACUUCUUCUGCCAAGCCCCAUAAGGAAGCAGCGAAUUCUUCAUCAUCAGAGGCCAAUCAAGAUGCAGAAAAAGACUCUGCUGCUGAAUCUAAACCUUCUGAAGAAAAUAAAUUUCCAGGCUACUCUGAGGAAAUCGUAGCGACCUUGAAUAAACUUUCCAAAGCCUUGGUUGCAGGAGGCUAUGAAACGGAAUGCCGUCAGGUCUAUUUCAUCGCACGGAGGAAAGCCUUGGAGGAAAGCUUGCAUAAGCUUGGCUUUGAAAAAUAUAGCAUCGACGAUGUGCAAAAGAUGAAUUGGGAUUCAUUGGAGAGAGAGAUUGCUGCUUGGAUUGGAACAUUCAGGCACUGCACCAAUGUGCUUUUCUCCAGCGAACGCAAGCUUGCUGAUGCUGUGUUUGCCGAUCAACCAUCAAUUGCAGAGACCAUCUUCAGCAAUUUGUCUCGGGGUAUGAUGAUCCAACUCCUUAAUUUCGCUGAAGCCGUUUCCAUGACAAAGCGCGCAGCUGAAAAACUCUUCAAGUUUCUCGACAUAUACGAGACGUUGCGCGAUUUUGUUCCAUUGGUGGAUACGAUAUUUCCAGCUUCUUACGCUGAUGAACUCAAGGCUGAAGCUACAUUGAGUCGAGGCCGCUUAGGAGAAUCCAUGGUUUCUAUCUUUUCGGAGCUCGAAAACUCAAUCCAGGGGGACUCAAACAAGACCCCAGUUCCAGGUGGUGCGGUUCAUCCUUUAACUCGCUACAUCAUGAAUUAUCUGAAAUAUGUAGCGGAGUACAGAGACACGUUAGAGCAGGUUUUCAGAGAACAUCAGAUGAUAGAAAGAGCUGACUCAAACACAGGAUCGGAUUUCGACUGCCAAAAUCCACAAGGGGCACAGAAUAAUCAGCAGGAUACAUCAUCAAAUAAGCCAUCACCCUUCGAGACACACAUGAUAAAAGUGAUGGAUCUAUUGGAUGCAAAUCUGGAGGGAAAAUCAAGGUUUUACAAAGACACCUCACUCAGCACAAUAUUCAUGAUGAACAACGGUCGAUACAUCUUGCAAAAAAUAAAGGGGUCUCCAGAGAUCAAUAGCCUGAUGGGGGAUCAAUGGUAUAGGAAGCGAUCUUCGGACCUAAGACAGUACCACAAGAAUUACCAAAGAGAAACAUGGGGGAAGCUAUUGCAUUGCUUAAACUAUGAGGGAUUGAAUGUGAAUGGGAAAGUGAAUAAACCAAUAUUGAAAGAGAGGUUCAAGAGUUUCAAUACAAUGUUUGACGAGAUACACAAGACACAGAGCACUUGGGUGAUUAGCGAUGAGCAAUUGCAGUCGGAGCUGAGAGUUUCGAUAUCAAACAUGGUUAUACCGGCGUACAGGUCAUUCUUGGGAAGGUUUAGUCAAACAUUUACUGCUGGAAGGCAGACGGAGAAGUAUGUAAAGUACCAGCCUGAAGAUAUUGAAACACAUAUUGAUGAGCUAUUUGAUGGAAAUACUACGCCAUGGGGGAGGAAGAAAUUGUAAUCUCAAUAGACAAUAAUAAUCAACUGUUAACACAGACAUCUAGAAACAGAUCAGUUGAUGAUCAAUAACGUUCUUUUUG